GUUCCAUCUCUACCAGCCGGUGCGCGGGACGUAUAAUUUGUAAUAAUUUAAUUCCUCAUUUGACACUCUGGAUGCACCCGGCAAUGCGGAAAUGAUCGCCGUCGCAGAACCGCCGCUGGAGUUUGUGCCGCGCGGGCGUCUGUCGGCCGCCGAGCACCCCGGUCCGCACGACCAGCCGCUGGCGCGUCACCAGCUGCCCACCUCGGAGUACCCACUGGUGCAGCGGCUGCAGAACGUAAACAUCUCGUCGGCCGGACUGGAGGAGUCCCCAGCCGGCGGCCAGGAGUCCUGGACCAUCCGUGAGCUGUACGACGACUACGAGGCAGCCGAGGAGCGGGCCGCCCGCCGACGCCAGUUGAUCGAGCGGACAAAGCGAUGCGGACCGAAGGCGGCGGCGGCCACACAGCUCACAUCGCUGCCCCAGAGCCUGCUGGACCCGCCGCUCGAGCGGCGCGAGGAGCCGAUGUGCGACUACAUGGUGAACAAUGAGGAGGAGCUGUAUGUCCACCGGAACACGGUCGUUUGGACGCAGGGUUUUAAGGACGACGACGACGACGGGGACGGGGUUUACCGGCGCAUGUGCUUCACCAGUGAUUCGCCGGUGCGCUUUGCCUGCUUCCUCAAUCGCAGCUUCGUCCGCGGACGGUUGGCCCAGCUGAAGGCAGCGGUUCAGUCGGAUGAUGACAAGCUCACCGCCAUCUGUGUGAUGGAUGAGGACGCCCUGAGGGUCUACUGCAAUGACGGCGAGGACUUCCUGGCCAAUCUGGACUUUCCCGUCUCGCAGGUUUGGCAAACCAAGCACGGUUUGCUGCUAGAGAAGGACUCGAGCUCCGCAUUGAUAUCACACCUCUCCAUUCCGAUGCCGCGGCUCUUCUCCAUGUCGCAUCCGCUGCACGAGGCCUGUCCAGUCGUCCUGAAGACCUCCACCGGCUCCACGGGCUACAUGACCGAGCCGGAGUACAGUGUCGUCUUCACCACCGAUGAUUCGGAUCUGGUGCUGCUGUACGACGCCAAGUUCUUCAAGCAUUUCGUGGCUCGCCUGCGAAAGGUGACGCCGGACGAGGUCAACUAUGUUGGCCAGCAGCAGGAGCUGGGCCAGACGCUGCUGGGACCGAGAUCUCAGGCGGGAGGCAAUAGCUUUAGUUCCACGAAGCAAACGGGCGCCACACCAAAAGCCACGAAUACCUCGUUUUUGGGCAGGAACAACACAACCACGGGCCAGCCUAACUAUUCCAAGUUCGGACUCAGCCAGUCGCAGUCUUUCAGUGGAGUCCUCGGCCAAUCCAAUCGCGCUUCUUUGGGCACUCCGCUGAGCCAAUUGCAGAGCAGUAUCAGCCAGCAGUCCAUGUCCGUCAAGGAUAUGCGCAAGAUGACGCACGUCAAGCCGGCCAAGCCCAUUGAGCCGGAGAUGUGUUUGGAGCACAUCUGGACAGAGAACACUUACGGAACGCAACGCGAGUUCUGCGAGAUGGCCACCCGAGCCUUCAUCCACACGGAUCUGGUGGGCCAGACGUUUCUCUGCUAUUUGCUGGCCCGCUCUUGCCGCCUCCAGUUGGUCCGCCUCACUGGCUACGGCGGCAGUGAGGUACAGCUGUCGACUCUCGCAUCCACGCUGUCCGCCAAGGAUGCCGUGGGUCUCAACCGACUGCACAUGAUCGCCGUCCUCGAUCCGAGCGGCAGUCUGAUCCUCUACACGGGCACUGUGCUCAUUUCCAAGGUGCACAUCACGCCUUUGCUGGCGCCGAGUGCCAUUCCCACGGCCACAGCCACACCCACACCCACACCCGCUCCGGCACCUCCGCCGGCUCCGCAGCAACUGAAGACACCGGUGGCAGCCAGAAGCACCGGCGGCAAUCCUUCGAAGAGCAGUUCCUUUGCGGAGGUGCGACGGAGCAGCCUGCUGCCCACGAAAGCGCAGGCGGAUCUCGCCGCCUUCGACGAGGAGCUGCACAUGCUGUCACCCAUCCAACCGCUGGCGGUUUCGUACACCCAAAGGCAGGCGCACAAUGUGUGCAAGUCCCUCAGGGAUCCGGCGGGCAAUAGACUGACUUUGGUUUAUGCCACCGGCAGAAUGCUGAGGAUCGCACUGCCGCUGCUGAACGACACGCGACUGCUGACCCGCUGUGUGGCCACUCUGCGGCAGGUUCUGAGUCCCGGGCAGUUCCUGCACUUCGUGAUCCGUUGGUACAGCGCCAGGAAUCCGCCGGGAUCGCGGGACUACUCGAUCGAGCAGGAAUGGUUGCUUUUUCGGUGCACGCUGCUCGCCCUGAUGGGCUUGACCGCUGCUCCCGAUGUGGAAACGGCCGAGAGCUACGGAAGAUGUGGCACACCGCUGCUGCAAACGCAUUUCGGAGGAGCAACUGCCACGGGAUCGGGUGACGGGUCCAAUUGCAGCUCCAAUUCCACGCUGGGCGCUCAGGAUGAGCCGAAGAAACGGCGAAAGUACAAUGACUGCGAGGACUUCACCGACGACGACUGGGAGUUCCUGCUGCUCCAGACGACACUGGCUCCCUGCGGAGCCGAUGGUCACAGCUACAGCGUGGAUGUCAGUGCCCCGCUCUUCCAAAUGAUACCGGCCAUCUUCUUCAGCCUGCAUUUACUGUACGAGGACCUCAAGCUGGACGCCGUCUUCUAUUCAGCGCUUCCCUACCUGGCAACGUUUCUACACCAGUUGGCUAUUGACAUGCAGCUGGACAGCUACGUGCUGCACUACAUCCUCGACUUUCCCGAGCUCUCCAAUCGCACUGGCAAGCUCUCGUUGCUGGGAGCAGAGCACGGGGCCAUGAUGCUGCACCAGGAGCUGCUGCGCGUUCCGGCGCCCAGUGUGUUCGCCCAGCUGGAGCACAUAAUCGUCGGCGAGGAGGAGGUGCUGCCGUACAGCUUCGUGGCGUGUGUGAACGAGCGAAGUCGCAACUUGCUGCAGCUCGUUUCGCUGGUGGUCCACGGGCAGGAGCGCCUGAAGCACUGGUGGCAGCUGCUCGAGAUUCCCGAGGCCGUGCAAUCGAACUAUCCGCGGCGGGUCAAGCGGAGCAUUACGGCGGAUGCGCCGCGCUGUCACCAGAUGCUCGAGUUGAUCCUGGCCAUGCGGUUGACGCGGCGCGACAUCGAGCGCUUUCCGGCGGCAGUGCAUCUGAUCGUGGCCGAGGCUCUCGAGCAGGCGCGUCUGUCGCCUCCCAUGGGCUGCAGCAUGGCUACCUACGAGCUCAUCCUGCGGCCCGAACUGGCGGCCCAUGCCCAACUGCCCUUCCUGGAGGCGAGCAAUGGACAACCGCACUGCGGCCGGGUCUACAAGGAGGACUCCCUGUCGGCCAGGUGUCCUCCCACCGGAGGACCCGAGCCGGAGCCGCAGGAGCAAUUGCGACACGACGACAUGGACAACAUGGACACGAAGCUGCUGCGCUUGCGCUUUCCCGACGACAUGCGGGUGGAGGAAGUGCGUCGGCUGCUCAACAGCUCGGAACCGGUGGUCAUCGAAGUGCAGCAGUCGCCGGGCACCAGUGACCACGAGUUCAUCGAGGAGCAGGAGAAGCAACUGUUCGCUCUGUGUGCGAGAACGAUGACCUUGCCUCUGGGCCGUGGAAUGUUCACCCUGCGAACGAUGAUGCCCAGACCCAGCGACAGCCUGUCCAUGCCCAAGCUGUGUCUGGUGGGCAGGGAGCCGGUGAAGGGAACCACCAUCGAGAUGCAGCAGAUAGAGUUCCCUGCGAAUAUGCAGAUGUGGCCAUCGUUCCACAAUGGCGUGGCGACGGGACUGAAGAUCUCGCCGCAGGCCCAGGACAUCGACUCCACGUGGAUUGUUUACAACAAGCCGAAGGCGCAGGCGAACAACGCCCUGGAGCACGCCGGCUUCCUCAUGGCCCUGGGCCUGAAUGGCCACCUCAAGACGCUGUCCUUCAUGAGUGUCUACAAGUAUUUGGUCAAGUGCGACGAGAUGACCAACGUGGGCCUCUUGCUGGGCAUUUCGGCUGCCCAUCGCGGCUCAAUGGACACGAAGACCACCAAACUGCUGAGUGUUCACCUGGAGGCACUGCUGCCGGCCACCGCCAUGGAGCUGGACAUACCGCAGAGCACACAGGUGGCCGCUUUGAUGGGCAUCGGUCUGCUUUACCAGGGCUCGGCCAAGCGGCACAUUGCCGAGGUGCUGCUGCAGGAGAUCGGACGACCGCCGGGUCCCGAGAUGGAGAACUGCGUGGAGCGCGAAUCGUAUGCCAUGACGGCUGGACUGUCCCUUGGGUUGGUCACCCUGGGCCAGGGGGAAUCGCCGGCGGGAUUGAGGGAUCUCCAAUUGCCGGACACGCUGCACUAUUACAUGGUCGGCGGAGUGAAGAGACCCAUUAGUGGCUCCCAAAAGGAGAAGUACCGACUGGCGUCCUUCCAAGUUCGAGAAGGCGAUAACGUCAAUAUAGAUGUCACCGCUCCCGGCGCCACUCUCGCCCUGGGAUUGAUGUUCUUCAAUUCCGGCAAUGCGGCAAUCGCCGAGUGGAUGCAGCCGCCGGAUUCGCGGUAUCUGCUGGACAUGGUGCGUCCGGAUUUCCUGCUGCUGCGCACCAUUGCCCGGGGUCUGAUCCUGUGGCAGGACAUCCGACCCGACAACGAGUGGUUCCAGGCGCAGUUCCCGUCAACUCUGCGGAUUCACCUGCUGCUUCCCUCGCACGACGAUGAGCCCGCUGGCGAGGAUGUGGACUACGAGGCCAUCGCCCAAGCUUACUGCAACAUUAUGGCAGGAGCUGCAUUCUGCAUUGGUCUCAAGUACGCCGGCACGGAGGACAUGGUGGCGUUCGCCACGCUGAGGGCCGUGAUCAAGGAGUUCCUGAGCUUUCCCGGUACGGCAAUGGGCGAGUGUACCGGCCGCACCACCGUUGAGAGUUGCCUGAUGGUGCUGCUCAUCUCCAUUUCGCUGGUGUUCGCCGGUUCCGGCAACUGCGAGAUCCUUCGCAUCAUCCGGUACUUGAGAUCGCGUGUGGGACCGCAGUAUCCGCACAUCACCUACGGCUCCCACAUGGCCAUUCACAUGUCGCUCGGUCUGCUCUUUCUCGGAGCGGGUCGUUUCACCAUUGCCAAGACGCCGGAAUCGAUUGCAGCUCUGGUCUGCGCCUUCUUUCCCAAGUUUCCCAUCCACAGUAAUGAUAAUCGUUACCACCUGCAAGCACUGAGGCAUCUUUAUGUGCUCGCUGUGGAACCGCGCCUCUUCCUGACGCGCGACAUUGACACCAACCAGCUGUGCCUGGCCAACAUAUCCGUACUGGAGAUUGGCGCCAACGAGAUGCGCCGCCUGCCCAUCGCGCCCUGCAUCCUGCCCGUGCUGAGCAGUCUGCAGCAAGUGGUUGUGGACGACGAGAACUACUGGCCAGUGUGCUUCGAGCGCUCCCGCAACUGGCAUCAGUUGGAAAAGGCGCUGGAGAUGAGUGCACCGAUCGAUAUUAAGAAGCGCACCGGAUGCCUCUCCCACUUGGAGGAUCCCGAUCGGCUGAAGAGCAUGCUCGCCCAGACCCUAACCAUGGAGCAGAGCAUCUGCUGGCAGAUUGACAUGAACGAUCUGCAGCAGUUCGCCAGCGAACGGAUGGUCAAGCCGUUCCUGAGUCGCUGCCUGGAGACCAAGGGCACGGACCUGUCCUAUCCGGAGCUGGUGAAGCGCCACCAGAUGAUGCUGCUCUUCUACAACGCAGUCGUCAAGGAUCGAAUGCACCUACUGCCCGUCUAUUUAACGCUUUACGAUCACGUGACCAAGUCCAUGCUGAAUAACAUCGAUGUGUGGCAGCUGAAGCUGAUCGAUGCCUUCCUGAGUCGCGGCCGGGAGACGGAGCAUCCGCUCAUCUCCGUGGAACUCAUCCAGAUGAUGCAGGAACUUUUCAAGCAGGAAAUGGAGGACUCAACGCGCGAGUUGUGUCUGCCCUUGAGGGAGUUUCUCAGCCGAAAGCGACUGGAUCCCAGCUAUGUGACCACCGUCAGUGGUCCGGAUCUGCAGCGCGCUUUCUGUGUGAUCAACUACUAUAACCUGUUGCCGAACAUGCUGAAUGGCGUGGACUUGAGUACGGGCACGGUGAACUAUAUGCGGUUGCUGUACGAAUUCCGGCAACUCAACCUUGGCGCACACACCAUAUUUGGCCUGCUGAAGAUCCUCCAGGCACUGUCCACCGAGGUGGUGACUCUGGACGAGGCGGCCCUUCUCGCCUACACAAUGGCCACCCAAUGAUCCUCAAUGGACAUACUCUUCUACUAAGUCUAGAAUAUAUGUGGUUAUAUAUGCCUGGAAUGUGGAUGGAUAGAUAUGCGCUUCAUAUACAUUGUACAUUUAUUAGUGAAAGCCUCACGCUGAAGUUUUCUGCCUCACCAUUAACAAUUGUAACUUUUACUAAAAGUUAUCUCGAACGCUAAAGAAAGAACUUAAGAUGAAUAACUGAAAUAAAUUGGCUUAAAAAGUUGUUAAA